UUUGGAAAGAAUCUCUAACAUUGCAUUUUCCAGGUGCCUUAAAUUUUACCAUCAUGCUUAUGGAGCUCUGACAUUAGUCGACGAUUUUUACCUACGUUUGGCAACACGCUCUCCUUCACGGUGAUGCUCUCCGACCUUCCGUUUGAGCUACUAGGACACAUCGUCACCGAUCUACCAUCCGCUCAAUGUGUCUAUCACCUCUCCCUCACCUGCCGACGGCUCAACUCCUACGUCCAAGAGGAUGGCUGGCGAACAUUUACACAAACUCGAUUUCCCUCGAUUGCAGCACCGCCCUACUGGAGAGACGCAGCCCUAUCAUUGACCACUCUAUCGCGGAACUGGGAUCGCAAAGCGUUCCUUGCACGAUACAUUCACCCAGCAGGAUCCGUGACUCAAAUCGCCGGCCAUGGAAGACGCCCGGGUGGUCGCCGUAAGGCACAGACAAUGGGCUACCAGCCUGUGCUUGACAGCUGCGAAGAGCAGACUGGGAACAACUGGGCGUCCAAGAAGGAAAUACUAGCUUGGGGUGCGGGUGCGGAGCUCGUCUUAAGAAACACACUUUCUGGUGAUGCUGCGGAUCAAAAAUGGAAAGAAUCGCCCGACGAUGAACGAGUUGACCAUUUUGACCAACAUCAUCGUAAGGUUGACUGGGUGGUGUACAAAGAAGAAAGCCAUGCGGAUGGGCGGGACGACAUCACCACCGUCAACAUUCUCCGGCCCUCGCAAAGACACCCAGAUGUCACUUCAGCCGGAUACCAGGAUAUUGUCGUCGGGCGAGCUAGUGGAGAGCUAUCGCUGGUUGAGCUCUCCCCGGAAAAGGUCACCGACAACGUCAAGACUCGCUAUAAUACAGGCAACAAGCCGAUUCGAUCUGCAGACAUUAGUCCCUCAAACAACCCUCUGCUCGCAGUCUCUCUGUCUGAUUCCCUCAUCACUUUCUUCCCCGUCUACACAUCCCAGCCCGAACUCAACCGCGUCGCCGAAGUAUCAGCCGUUCCAGCAGACAGACGUGGCCGUACGUGGUCUACACGAUUCUUGUCCAACGAGCGGCUCGCAGUCGGCUUAGGUCCCUCUACCGAACCCAUUCACAUCUACGAAGUGGCUCCCGAUGGCGUCGUUCAGCGGCCUAUGCGGACAUUUGGCAGCGGUUCCAGCCGCGACAAUGGCGAUACUGAUUCCCUCGAUAUCCCCACCGGCGCUUCCUCUGUAUAUCCUAUUUCUCCCAUUCACUACUCGUCGCCUGCUGGUGGGAAUCCCGGCGAUCUCUUUCUCAGCGGCUGGUACGAUGGUGUAAGCCGACUACACGAUAUGCGUUCUCCAGCCCAAUGUGUCGCCAAAUACCAGGACCCCAUUGACGACUCCUCCGCCGUCUACUCCCUCCAGACUAUCGGACUCGAGCGCUUCAUCGUGGGCGCCGCCCGGCACGGCAUCCUCAAAGUAUUCGAUCUGCGCAUGAGCGGGGGCAAAUCGUACUUUUCCACUUCCGUCGACGCAUGCAAUGCGCAUCAAAGUUCUCGCAACCCACCUACGCCGGCUCCAGCGGACAGCGGCAUCUGCUGCGACUGGCACUACGAGACGCAGCACGACCGACGCGACUGGAGCGUGUUUCUCAACCCGCGCGGGCCCGCGUUCUACCGUCAAGGUUCCCGCCGCUCCGCCGAAUCUCCUAUCUAUUCCCUCUCCUCUCCUUCCCCGUCUUCCCCGGCCUUGUAUGCCGGCGUCGAGAACAACGUCGUCCAGCUUGAUUUUGUCUCGAUCAUGGACCGCGCCCAGGACCCCGUGUUUCAGUACGGUGGCGGGUCGGCCCCGGGGUCAAUAGUACCACCUGCCACACAUGCAUCUCAUGGAUCAUCUAAACCUCGUUUCGUCUCUGAAGAGACUAAUGUCAUUAAUAAAUGGGAUCCAAGCGGUGACGUCUUACGACUCGCACUCUACGAACAAGUUCCCAUGUCGGCAAUGCGUUUGCGAGUCCAAGCCAGCGUGGGGGCGUGCUCGUCGCGAGAAGCAGGCUGGGAUGAACGUUGGUGUGAUGGGAGGGGAUAUUACUAGAUUAUCUUAUCUUCUAACACUUCAUUGUUUUUUUACCUUUUUCUUUUUCCUUUUCUCUCCAUACAAUAUAAGCAUUGGUGCAUGCGCGGGGGAUUCCAAGAGAUAUAGAGUAUAUCACGGCGCAAUUAUACCAGCGGCGUCUAACUCAGUAAGGUAGUCAAUGUAUUUCUACCAUAACCUU